UCCACUUCCUGUCCUACAGAACUGAUGGGAACAUUCACACUGACUGGGGGUACAUGUUCUACCCGGUAUGAUGUGUGUUCCACUCGCAUGAGGGAAAGAAUUAUUGUGGAUGAUCCGUCCUGUCUGCCAGGGACCUCACUUCAGAAUCCCACCACGAUGGACUGUGUUUACUUUGUCUCCGAGAACGAUGCCUCAUACUUGAUGACGUAUGAUUCCACCCGGGGUGGCUUUUCGUUUACCUGCUCUGCGUUUUCUACAUCAGACCAGGAGGUGUACAUGACACACCAGAAGGACGUCUGUGACGGAAUCAAACUUCCCACCGCUUCAUCUUCCUCCUUCAUUUUGUCUCCAGAUGCUUUGUGUCCGCUGGUGGAAGACGAAGAAGAGGAAGAAGACAAAGCAGAUGACAAAGAAGAUGGAAGAAGUAACAUCGUGAUCCCCAUUGUCAUCGCUGCUGUUCUCCUCGUGUUGCUGGCUGUCGUCGUCGGUCUCCUCUGUCGCAAGGUGAAGACCAAGAGGCAGCAGAAGAAGGUUGCAGAUGGCGGUGCAGGGCACAGGUCAGGGCCGUCAGAUGGCGCUAGUGACGUCAAUGGCGGCCUGUGUGUGAAGGAAUAGCAGUGGACGUGGCUAGGCAGGGACUAGCACGGUGCUAGGUGUGACUGUCAUUACCAUUGAAGGGCACUGCCUGUACACAGUGUCAGCUCGUGUCAUGUAAAUGGCAGAACAAUUUACCAU